ACGGCCCGCUCAAGCAGUUAACGCGUUCCCGCUAUAACGCCCGGGGAUACGCGCCGAUCGCACGCUUUAUCCGGCUGCAGGCCGCCGCAACAUACUAUAUCCGUCACGCUACGUUAAUAACUCGUCGGCAGGCGGACCGUCGGCGCUCUCAACCACGACGUACCCGCCCACCAGAGCCUGGACUGCUGGCAAUGUGAUAGCCAGCUAUGUGGCAUGAGCGUGUAUAUAUAUAAAGACGUGCUCGUUGGACAUAUGCGUGCUCUGCUAAACUGACAAGGCCUGCACUGUGCUCACAAGCAGCUUCUUCUCCUUCGUUCUUUUUUGUUUACCGUAGCAAUGCGUCUCUCAACCACCGUCACGAGCUCGCUGGGUCUUCUGGCCGGACACGCUCUCGCGCAGGCCCAGCAGGGCGCGUGGGCGCAAUGCGGCGGCAACAGCUUCUCCGGCGGCACGGCAUGCGUGAUGGGCUACGCGUGCGUGAAGCUCAGUGACUACUACUCGCAAUGCCAGCCCGGCGUAGCCACAGGCUCCGUGUCCGCGUCCUCGGGCAUCACAAGCGCCAGCACAGCCCUCAACACGACCGCGCCGACAACGCUCGCCACGACCACGACCCUUUCCACACCCUCCACCCCCACCACCCCCACCACCCCCACCGCCUCGGCCCCCGCGUCCACAAACCCCGGCCCCGGCGCCACGCUGCAGGAGGACUACCUCUGGAUCCGGGCGGUCGAGGAGCCGCACUUCCACGCGUACCUGCAGUCCGCGCCGCUGUAUGGCGCCGGGCCCGCCGUCAUGGCCAACUACACCACUGCGGGCCAGUUCAAUGUCGUCGAUGGGCAGCUGGUGCAGCUUGUUGGGGAGGGGGCGGGCGGGGAAGUGCUGUAUGGCGUUGUUGCGGAGGAGAAGAGCAAGAAUGAUCAAGCUCUGGCCGUCACGUUCAGCGCGGAGAAAAACACCUACGGCACUUUUGGGUGGCAGGGCGAUGGCCUGACGUGGUCGGCUGAGGGCGUGAGCCGCCCGAAUGCUAUCGCGUGGUAUGUGUGCGAGGAGCAGCAUUUGUACAUCAACCUUGGCAACUAUCUGUACAAUACCCCGGAUGGGUGUGCGGACGAGACGAUUCAUUACUACAAUGAUGCGCAUGCUAGUAGUUAGAGUUGCCGGGAUGGCGAGGUUUGAUGUCUGGGAGGUGUAGGGCAGAAAAGUAGCAGCAGAAAAUAUUGGUUGUGAUUUGGUCAUGAAUAUAAAUUUGCUUACAUAGCUCUUCCAUGGCGUCAGAUUGGAUAGGCAGUGCUUCAAACAUCACUCCCACAUCCAAACCUUCCAGG